ACAGGAAACAGAGACAAGCCCCCCAAUCCAGAUCACAACCACAGAACCACAAACACAGAUAACAGUAACAAACCCACCAAUCCGGGAAACAACCAGAACCCUGGUAACAAACAACCAGAACCCUGGUAACUCAGGUAACAAUGAAAGUCCCACCAAACCAGGAAAGAACCAGAAGCCCUGUGACAAACAAAAGCCCGGCAACUCGGGUAACAAGAAAAAUCCCACUAAACCAGGGCACAAACUCCAAAACCUGUGUAACAGUCUCAAACCCACCAAACCAUGGGACAAACUCCAAAACCUGUGUAACCGUCACAAACCCACCAAACCAGGAAAGAACCAGAAGCCCUGUGACAAACAAAAGCCCGGCAACUCGGGUAACAAGAAAAAUCCCACUAAACCAGGGCACAAACUCCAAAACCUGUGUAACAGUCACAAACCCACCAAACCAUGGGACAAACUCCAAAGCCUGUGUAACAGUCGCAAACCCACCAAACCAGGAAAGAACCAGAAGCCCUGUGACAAACAAAAGUCCGGCAACUCGGGUAACAAGAAAAAUCCCACCAAACCAGGGCACAAACUCCAAAACCUGUGUAACAGUCGCAAACCCACCAAACCAGGAAAGAACCAGAAGCCCUGUGACAAACAAAUGCCCGGCAACUCGGGUAACAAGAAAAGUCCCAGCAAUCCCAACAGACCUGGCCGCAAACAUAGAGUCAAGGGACCAGGAUGCAAUCAACAGCCUGCCCUUAACACUCAAUGCUGGACAGACUGGUUUGAUAGAGAUGACCCUACUGGAACAGGGGACUGGGAGUUACUUAAAGAUCUGCACAAUGAAAACAAAGAGAAGAUCUGCAACACUCCACUUCAGAUCGAGGUCCAAACAACAUGUGGACUCAGUGUUGCCGAAACAGGGGAUGUAAUUGCUGUAGCCGACACAACCACAGGAUUCAUCUGUAAAAACUCUGACCAGAAACAACGAAAGUGCCAUGAUUACCGUGUUCGUUACAUGUGUCCCACUGACUUCUGCAGUCAGAGAGUGUGCUGGACAAAGUGGUUUGAUCGGGAUAAUCCCAGUGGAAUUGGCGACUGGGAGCUCUUGAGCAACCUGAGGAAGGAGAAUCCAGGAGAAAUCUGUGAGAGGCCUCUCUACAUAGAUGCUGUCACCACGGACACAAAAACCCCAGCCACCUCGACGGGGCAGGCGGCCUUCAUCUACAGUCCAACUAAAGGAUUUGUCUGUCGCAACCGAGACCAGAAAGGAGCCAGGUGUCAUGACUAUCAAGUGCGCUUCGGAUGCCCAUGCAUGUCUAGCCAAACGACUCCAUAAAACACACUGACAAUGAAAUAACAUAUAUGUUUAGAUUCUCAGUUUGUUCUGGAGAGUAAAUUAUUUCCUUCUAGCAUUUGUUUUAUAAUAAGUUUAAACCUAUUUAAGAUUGUGUUGUGAAUACAUUACUGUUUUCAUAAAUGCAAAUUCUGCCCUUUCUAGC